UCUCAUUAAUUGGCCCAACUCGUCACCUAUGGUUUCUCUUUUCCAGCCUUCAAACUCGUGGGCCGAUUCGUGCACCACGCGGAGCCCACAUGCAGCAAGCCCAAACCCAGGCCAACUCACGCUCACUUAAAUAGUUAAAUACUCACUCUCCCUCAACGCGAUUGGGUUUAGGGUUUUCCACUCGCAGCGUCUUUUGUAGCUAGCGCCGGCGAAAAUGGUGAAGGAACGCCAAGGGGAGCGAGUCAGGCUCUACGUGAGGGGAACGAUUCUCGGCUACAAGAGGUCGAAGUCGAACCAGUAUCCGAACACUUCAUUGAUUCAGAUCGAAGGCGUGAACACGAAGGAGGAUGUCGCGUGGUACUGCGGCAAGCGCAUGGCGUAUAUCUACAAGGCGAAGGUGAAGAAGAACGGAUCGCACUAUCGUUGCAUUUGGGGGAAGGUCACGAGGCCUCAUGGUAACAGUGGUGUUGUUCGAGCCAAGUUCAAAUCCAAUUUGCCUCCCAAGUCUAUGGGAGAUAGGGUUAGGGUUUUUAUGUACCCAAGCAAUAUAUGAGCUUGUUAGAUGGGUGUAGAUGCUAGACCCUGGAGCUCAUCAGGAUAUGAAAUGAUACGCCUUCUAAGUUAUUAAUGAACUGUGUUAUUAUAUUGUGUUUUGUAGCUGGACUAGCCUUUUCUGGUGGCGUCAUUUUUUGUUUUGUUUAAUUAUUUUAGUGUUAAGCAGUUAUUUUGUGAUGAUAUUUUACCCAUUUACUCCUCUUUUGAGAACAAAUGCUUUCUGAAUUGGAAGUUGGCUUGAAUGAGAUAAUAUGAUUAUGGACA